CCAAAAAACAGACUGCAUUGUAAACAGCAUCGAAGUCUCCCUUCGAGGUCCUUUUUUUCAACCAGAAGGCUUCACUGAUGCGAAACAUUUAUGGUUUCACUAAAUCCCACCAGGCGGAAGAUUUUAAGUAUCCAUGGUAUACGACAUCGAAUCCAUAGGCUAGUUCGCGCUGGCAAAGUUAACCAUAAUUACGUAUAAGCUUCCUCCGACCGCGUGCAAGGCCAGAGCUCGUGAGGUAACAACUUCGCUUAGCUGUCUGUUCAAUACAAGAUCCCGAGCUGAGGAUUCAGCAGAGAUUUAACAGACUUGGUUAGAAAUUUAACAUACUUUUUCGUCUUCGAUUGCUGCGUUCGUCCUUGUCCCUGUGGGCUUAAGCCUGGCGCAUCAAAGAGCGGUCUUUUGAUGUCUGUACCCUCGAACUGUUGACAAUGGAAAGGACAGCUAAUUAUUUGGCAUUUGUACUUUUCCCAGCUAUCUACCUGAUUGUGUCUGCUGAUGGCCACGUCCCCUGUGCCGUGGGCUCAUUCCAGUGCGGUAACACUACGGUCUGUGUCAAGCAAGAGGACCACUGUGACGGUCAACAAGAUUGCCCUAACGGAGAGGACGAAUCAUAUAAAAUGUGUGUGAACAACGAAGGGUGGUUUGAACACAUCGUAAAGAACAGAACGAUACCUGACGUGAAGGAUAACGCAAGCUGUGGUCUUCAGUUCGUACCUUCAACAUGUCAGUGUGUGAAGAUGACGAGGCUGGAUUGUUCUUCCCACAGCCUGGUCUCCAUACCGUCUCCCCUUCCAGCAAACGUCACCAGACUAUAUCUCAUGAGGAACAACAUCAAAAAUAUCUCUGACGGUAGUUUUCAUGGACUUAGAAGCAUAGAUCUUCUACAUCUCGAAGGCAAUUUCAUCGUUUCUUUGAGAAACAACACGUUCCAUGGCCUAAGAGGUUUGGAAAAGCUGUCAGUUGCCAACAAUUCUCUGGUCGAAAUUGAAAGCGGAGCGUUCCGGACACUGCCUCAACUUAUCUGGCUAUUUUUGCAAUUUAACCACAUACGGCGAAUUCCCAGAGGAGCCUUCGAGGGAGCGAGUAAAUUAGAAUGGAUUGAUCUACGCGGAAACGAUCUGCAGUUGUAUGGCGACGAGUUUGAAGGGCUACCUGAGCUUAAUUACCUAGAUCUUGAAGGGAACCACAUCACCCACAUCAGAAGAGAAACCUUCCAGGGAUACAAAUCAUUACGGGUGCUAAUUUUACGUGGAAACCACAUAGCGUCGGUGAGUCCGGACGCUUUCGCCGACCUUCAUGCACUGUUACAACUAGACCUUAUGAACAACAAGAUUAUGGUGCUUGACGAGUCAACGUUCACACACAACGUUAGGAUGACAAAACUGGACCUUGCUGAUAAUCCACUGCCCGGUUUUCCAAGACGGCUCUUGUCUCCGCUUACACAACUCAAGUCUUUAGAUCUUAGUGGCAUAAUAAUCCCAAACAUAGAUGCGUCGUUCUUUUCAAACCUGAAACAACUGCAUCAUGUACACUUCGAAAGGUUCAGUUAUUGUCACAAAGCCAUCCACGUCCCAAACUGCUUCCCCAAAACAGACGGUCUGUCCACCAUAGAAAACCUGCUUGCUGACGUCAUCCUGCGCGCGCUGGUAUGGAUCAUGGCGCUGAUCACGUGUGUGGGCAACUUGUUCGUCAUGUUAGGGAGGUUGAUGAUCAGGGAGGAAAACAGGAUGCAUUCUGUUCUAGUGAAAAACCUAGCAGCCUCCGACUUUCUGAUGGGUAUUUAUCUGAUGAUCAUCGGCGCUAAAGAUGCCAACUACCGCGACAACUACAACAUGUACGCCAGCGACUGGCGCUCCAGCUGGGAAUGCCGCUGCACGGGUUGUCUCGCCAUGGCGUCCUCAGAAGUUUCCAUAUUAAUCCUAACAUAUUUAUCACUCGAGCGCUUCGUCGUAAUCUCACACCCUUACACGACAAAAGGACUGACAAGCAAAAAAGUGAUCAUUGCCUUGAGUGGGAUUUGGACGGCAGGGAUACUCCUAGCUGUAAUCCCGGUGACAUCCACGCACCUGUUCGGGGACUUCUACGGCACAAACGGGGUUUGCUUUCCACUCCACAUAUACGAGCCAUACGAAGCCGGUUGGCAGUAUUCCUCGUUCGUAUUCUUAGGUUUGAACUCGGUCUCUGUUCUCAUUAUUGCGCUGUGUUACGUCAGUAUGUUCUGCAGCAUACAGAAGUCACGCCAGCUCUCACACGGGUUUUCAAGUGACAAUUCUUUUGCACUGAGGUUUUUCUUCAUUGUUCUGACUGAUGCCUUGUGCUGGGCGCCUAUCAUAAUAAUCAAAAUCAUUGCGCUAACACGGGCUCCAAUUCCAGAUGAGGUUCAUGCGUGGGUUGCUGUGUUUGUCCUUCCAAUCAACAGCGCCAUCAACCCCGUUCUAUAUUCCCUGACUACUGUGACAUUCCGCACCAGGCUGCAGAAGUGGGGCUGUUGUCUGAAAGCACAACCACAGACCAGUAUCGCCCGCGCCAGUAUCCUUCCCUCACGAAGUUCGUUUCGCCAAGACGCGUACUCUCACUUCAGCGACAAUCAACCAGACAACAGUACAUACACCAUGGAGCUACUGAUAGCUCAGGACGGGGCCGCUAAGGCCUACAACGGAGAGCUUCUGACACCGCCAUCCUCCCCAGACCAUACAGCCAAAGAAGAGGAAACGAACAAAUUAGUGGCAGCGGGUGACUCGGAAGAGCUCAAGUGUUAGUUUUUACUUGUGGUAGCCUACCACUCGUCCGCGGAUGGGCAGAAAGUAUUAGCACAGUGGUGGCAGCGGGUGGGUUGGAGUUCUGGGUUCUGUUUCUCAGUUAUGGUGUCAUUCGUCUAGUCAUUUCUGCAUUCGUCACGGGUAAAUGAUGAACAAAUAAAGGGAAUGACCCCUCUCUGGGGGCUCUUGAACUUAAAGUAAAUCUUUUAGUUAAGAAAGGGGUUUAGCCUGUCAUUUCUUUCAGCGCCGGUCACAGUUAAAUUCAGAAAAAUUGAAAGGACCGACGAAGAAGAUACUUGGUUGUUGUAUUUUUCUUUUUGUCAUAUCUAUUAACAUGCAGGGGGAUAAAAACUGUUCGUAAUCGAAGAUAAUGAUCUGAGCAUAUAGAUUUUGUGGUAUUUUGAAACAGAAUUUAGUUGUCUUUUCACGAUUUUGCGUAAUAUCUCCCAUGCGACGAUGAACACUUUUCCUUCAGAAACAGAAGUGAUAUUAUUUCUAAACUUCAGCCAACCUUAUCCAUCCAAGCUCAAUCUAAUGCUCAGUCACACCUCAUUCUCUUUUGGUACCAAACGGUGUAUUUUCAAUGUAUAAAGCUUUAAGAUAAUUAUUUAAUAUGAACAUUUACAUAUGGGAUAAAGUGCGCAAUAUAGUGAUUGUUUAUCUUUGAAUAUAUAAAAGUAUAUAAACGUGAAGUUGUUUUUUAUCAUGUAUACAUCAUAAAUGUCGUCUUGGGCUGUUCUUAUCAUCGUCAUCAUCGUUGUUAUCUUUCUGUUAUAAAUGUUGUAUUAAGAACGUUAAAGUAUGAUAGAAUACUGUUUAACUUAUCUUUUAUUUAUUUAUUUUAUUUAUUUAUUAUUAUUAUUAUUAUUUUUUUUUUUUUUUGUAGAAACUGUCGCAAUACUUAUGUCGUCCAUGUAAAUUGUAUUUACCAUGAUGUUGUUUUGUUACAGUGGCCAUGUGUGCCAUUGGGUUUUAAAGUAUGUUCCACAAUUUGUUUUAAAACGGGUGACUGGACUGAACUGAGGUCUGGGGUUUAUGCUGAAGAGUGUGUGUGAGGGGGGAAAUGGGUCCCAAGAUCGGUAUAUCUGUAUGCUUUAUGGAAGUGUGAUUCCGUGCGUGCGUGCGUGCUUGGUGCGUGCGUGCGUGUUUGGUGUGUGCGCGUGUGUGUGUGCGUGUAUGUAUAGGGCGGGCGUGGAGUGUUUAGCACAAAUUCAAAAACGGACAGCACCAAGAAAGAUGCCAGAUGUGGUGCAUAUUUGUACA